GGGCUAUGGAGGGUAGCUCCUCAGAUAGCGGAGCGCCGCCCGAAGGGCUGGCGGAAGAGGCCGAGCCUCAGGGCGCCGCCUGGAGCGGGGACAGUGGCACUGUGUCCCAGAGCCGCAGCAGCGCCUCGGGGCCGUGGGAGGACGAGGGCUCGGAGGACGGCGCGCCGGGCCGCGACCUGCCGCUGCUUCGCCGCGCCGCUGCGGGCUACGCUGCCUGCCUGCUGGCCGGGGCCGAGGGGCGGCCCGAGGUCGAAGCCCUGGACGCGAGCCUGGAGGACCUGCUCACCAGAGUGGACGAGUUCGUGGACAUGCUGGACGUGCUUAGCGGCGACUCGUCCCAAGUCGUCAGCCAGGGCGUGCUGCGCAUCCACGCGAAGGCCGCCGAGAUGCUGCACAUGUACAGCAGGAUCCACCGGCUGGAGGCCUUUGUGAGGAUGAUGGGCGGCCGCGUGGCCAGGAUGGAGGAGCAGGUCACCAAGGCCGAGGCCGAGCUGGGCGCCUUCCCCAGGGCGUUCAAGAAGCUCCUGCACACGAUGAACGUGCCCUCGCUCUUUAGCAAGUCUGCUCCCUUGAGGCCACAGCAAGCCGGCUACGAAGUCCCGGUCCUGUUUCGGACCGAAGACUACUUCCCUUGUUGUAGUGAAAGGCCUCAGCUCUGACGGCCUGACCACUGCGGCAAGAGGACCCCAGCUGAAGUGCUUACCUCCAGUAUGAAGUGAAUUGCAAAUCCUGCUCAUGGACAUACAUGAUGUUGGAGUGUGGGAUUUCAAGGUUUACAUUCUGCACACUCUCCGUAGUAUAUUCAUGAU